ACCUGACGGGCCAGUUGUUGGUAAACAACCCAUAUCAUAACCGUACUCACUUUCCUCCGGUUCGGGCUUUUUCAGCCCGUAACCUUGCACUGAAUAUCAGUGUUGGCUUGGCAUCCUGCCAUGGGAACAAACACAACGCUCCUUUCCCUUGCUGCCCCACCCUCAUUCCUUUCUCUUUCCACCCUUUAAUUCCUUUCCCAGAAAGAAAGAACAUUAUUAUUAUAUAACCCACUCCCUCCCCUUUAUCUUUCUCUUCCCACCCCCCGGUUUUUUUUUCUUUUUUCUUCUUCUCUUCUUACUCCCUCACUCUCUCUCCCUGCAUAACAACAACGAUGGGCAAUGUCAAUGGGAGAGACGAUGUUAAUGGUACUCCAUCGGGAACCGAAGGAGAAGAAGAAGAAGCCGGAGAAGAGGGUGGUUCUGACAGUGUCGCCGAUUGCAUGUCUUCCAACCCUGGCCAUCGUGCGCCUUCCGAGUUGAUGGGUCAUUCUCCCCCUGCUAGCCCUAGAGCAACCCAAUCUCCAUUCAUGUUCACCCCACAAGUUCCGGUGGUUCCGCUACAAAAACCUGAUGAGAUGCAUGCUCCAAGCCCUUCCUGGAUGCAGACUACAUCAGGAUAUGAGGAUAUGUACUGUGAACUAGGGAUUCCAACGAUGAUUACUUGGGGCUAUGAUGGGAAGGAAGUUGCUGUGGAGGGUUCGUGGGAUAAUUGGAAAACAAGAAUGGCUUUACAGAGAUCAGGGAAGGACUUCACAAUAAUGAAGGUGCUGCCAUCUGGUGUAUACCAAUUUAGAUUUAUUGUGGAUGGGCAGUGGAGGUACGCACCUGACUUGCCUUGGGCUCAAGAUGAUGCUGGGAAUGCAUACAACAUUUUGGACUUGCAGGAUUAUGUUCCUGAAGACAUUGGAAGCAUUUCUAGUUUUGAACCUCCUAAAUCACCAGACUCUAGCUAUAACAACUUACAACUUAGUUCUGAAGAUUAUGCAAAGGAGCCACCAUUGGUUCCUCCAUAUUUACAAAUGACGCUUCUUAACAUUCCGUCAACAAAUAUGGAAGUCCAACCUCUUACAUCCAGACCUCAGCAUGUGGUACUCAAUCAUCUUUACAUGCAGAAAGGAAAGGGUAGCCCUUCAGUGGUUGCCCUUGGUACGACUCAUCGGUUUGUAGCCAAAUAUGUGACUGUGGUGCUGUACAAGUCUUUGCAGAGGUAAACAACAUAAAUUACAUGGACUGUGUAGUCUUUUAAACUUGAAGUUAAUAUAGCUUCGAGCAGUACGGUUAUGAGUGAGAAAUUCUGAGCAUCAUAAGGAUCAUUACAUGAAAGUGAAGAUUGUGGUACAUAUAAUGCAAUUGCUUGAUGGCCAUUCAUCAUGCAAUUCAGUUUCCAUUCUUACAUCAUUUGAUGAUGCUAUUCUCUAGGAAUUUUUUUGGUA